CCACAAUAUUAUGGUACCCUGCUCCAACAUCAAGUUGUGAAAUCUGUCAAAAAAUCUAAGCAAGAGUCCUAAUGUCUUACUUUAUCUACAUUGUAAAAUGAGCGUUCCACUUGAUAAACAGAAGAUCUUACUACAAGAUGGCAAAAGUAAACAAAGUGUUCCAGCUUUGGACCCAAGGUGGAUGGAAGAAGUCCAGUUUGUUGGCUACCAGGCUCCACCUAUUGACCUUUCAGACAAAGGUCAAUAUGAGGAGUGGCUUGAGAGGCUGAAAUUUAUUGAGGAUGACCUACAUUGGCUUCUGCAGUUGCCUCAUGGGAGAUUCUGGUGCCAGGCCAUAUUUGAUGAGAGCUUGCACAGAUGCAUUGAUAGCUAUCUGCGAUAUGCUCCCCGCUCCUAUGAAACGGUAGCAAAAUUACCUUCUUCUGCAAAGAAGUCGCAUGAUGAAGUUCAUCGCCUUGUGUUCCUAACGUGUAUGAGAAUGUCAACAUAUAAGGAAUCAAAGGAACAUCACAUCACGCCAAGCGUGUUUGGUGAGAUCCUCUAUGAGAAUUUCCUGUAUGACAUACCCAAGCUUCUGGACCUGUGUGUCCUGUACGGGCAGGGGAACCAGCCUUUGCUGGCACGGAUGAUUGAGAACAUUUUCACACAGCAGCCAAAGUAUAAUGACGACCUCGCUGGAAUUGUUGGCACUUUGAGUGAGGUUUUUGACAACAUCAUGGCUAAAUGUGGCAUUCAUCCCGACCCGGGGUCACAAACACCUCAGAAACUUGGUGACCAAGGCAACAUAGUAUCACUGGUUACCAUGGCAACUGGAGAAUUCAAUGACAUAAUUCUGUACUUAUCAGACAUUGGAAUGACCUUGACCUCAUUCCUCAACGUCUACCCCCCUGCCUGUAUGGCCUUCCACGGUGGAGAAUUUCUAGUCAAACUUCCAGCAUUUUAUGGUGCUGUAGUGCCAGAAGUGUUUGCAACAUUGAAACAAAAAGAACAGGAUAUAAGCACCAAGAAGGCACUAAAGCAAAAGCUGACACAGGCAAAGACUAACCUUUUGGAAGUGUUCAAGACAGUCGUGUAUCACUGCUGCAUCCAGCCACUGCUUGAGAAAAGGGCUAUUUCAUCUGACUACAUAGAGGACUAUCUACAUAUCAUGUCUGGCAUUCUGAAUGACAGAAGGUUCUUGGCCGACUAUGAGGGUAUUCACAGUUUUCAAGGUGACAUUGACAUCCUAUUGCAGGCUGGUGGGGACAUCGAUGAAACCCGAAUUCAGUACAUAAAGGAGGCAGUCAACCUGGCCUUCGCCACAUUUGGCAAACGCAAAGCUCCUAAAGGGGCCAUGAACCGAGGGGGAAGAAAAAGCCCUGAUGGGUCCCCGUCCCCACUGGAGGGCGGGGCCUCAGGGGUGGGUACCUUGGCGAGCUGUAGGGUGUCUGAUCUUGUUCCUGCAGAUGCCUACCAGGUGGAGGAUUAUGAUUCCUCUGCUGUUGGUGCCUGUGCCACACUAGUGACAGGCGUAGAGCUGGAGUCCCUGAUCACCUCUGUGAAGGACCUGCUUCCAGAGCUGGGCGAAGGCUUCAUUGAGUUGUGCCUAGAAGAGCUGGGGUAUGACAUGGAAAGAGUCAUCAACUCGAUGUUAGAGGACAGACUUCCCGCUAGCUUGCGGGACUUAGAUAGGCAGCUACCAAGGAAACAAAGGGCAGCUACUCCUCCAAGCCUGGUACAUGAACGGAAGAAUAUCUAUGACUUUGAUGAAUUCGACGUCUUUCACAGGGAUGAUGUUGAUACUCGGAAAAUAAGGAGAGGGAAAGCAGACAAGUCCGAGUCUGUGGUGAUCGGAGACCAGUCAGAGCUGCGUGACAUCAAGGAUGCAAUCAGCAAAGACUACGGCAUUGUGGUGGACGUGGUGGAGGAUGAUGGGAGAGGGCACUUGGGGUCGCCAAGGGUCGCAGGGGUCAACAAUGAAGGCUAUGCCAGGGAUAUGUAUGAGGAUGAGUAUGAUGAUACAUACGAUACAAACGUGGUUGGUGCUGAUGACGCUGACUCAGCUGACGAGCUUACCACUAUCAGGCCGUUCACUGUACCGCGGGUUCUUGGGGGAGGUCAGUCCAGAGACUCACCUAGACCUUCAUAUGAGGAAUCUGAGGAAUCUGAAGAGGAAGACCCUGGUAAGAAAAGAGAUCUCUUCCUACAAGAUCCAGCUGAGCUGCGGGAGAGGGCUGCAGAAAGGGCACAUACAAAAGCAAACAGGAACAAGCAAGGUCAAGGUGGAGGUCAAAGGUCAGAAGGCAAAUCUCAAGGGUCAGGUCAGGGUGGGAAGACUUACGAUGUCAAGGGUGGGCCAAAAGGUCAGGGACAGAGCCAAGAGGUGCUGCGAAACAGGCGCUGGAAGACACAGCACAAAGGUGAUCAUAGGAAGGCACUUGCGGAUAAGAAAAGAAGAGUCUGAAUUCUUUUAUACUUUUUGACGUUAAAUUGCAAGGACAGUUUAUUUGGGAUUUGUUGCGGUUUGGAGUAUACAUGUACUAUGUGAUGACGUAAUAAACAGUAAAAUAUA